AUGAUCAUGAGCUCUUAUUUGAUGGACUCUAACUACAUCGAUCCCAAAUUCCCUCCAUGCGAGGAAUAUUCGCAGAAUAAUUACAUCCCCGAGCCCGGCGCCGAGUUCUACGGGCGGAGGGAGCCCGGCUUCCCGCAGCAGCACGCCGAGGUUUUCGGGGGGCCCCGCGGGGCUUUCCCCGAGCGCCCCUUCGGCUGCGGGGGGCUCCGCGGGGCGGGGGGCGGAGGAGGAGGAGGAGGAGGAGGAGGAGGAGGGAGGCAGCACCUGGCGGAGAAGCUCUGCGAGCCCCCGGGGCCGGCGCCGUGCGGGGAGCCCGAGGGGCAGCGCGGGGCGGCGGGGAAGGCGCCGGUGGUCUACCCCUGGAUGAAGAAAAUCCACGUCAGCACCG